AGAGACGACAUUUCACCAGGACUGUCCAAUUCCUCACCUCACAUCCUCAUUGCAAACAAUUCUCAACCGACCCGUUGUCUCGAAGCUCGAAUCUGUACGACAUGUCUGAGAAAGUCAAUAAACCAUCCAUCGUCUUCCCAGAACAACAACAACAACAACCGCAACAACACCUACCAUCCUCCAUGGCCAGCUCAUCCCGCCGAGACAGAGCCUCUUCGCUCUCCAUCGCCAGAUCACCUUCCGUGCUCUCAUCUUCUUUCGGGACCCCACCAGAUCAGUAUCAACCACAUACUCCAUCUUCCUUAUCUCCAACACAUCCUUCCGGAACAUACGUUCAAUCCUUAUCUGUCGCUCCGGAUUCUUACUCCAACUCUUUAUCCUUAGGCAUCAAGUCACUCGCGUUGAAUCGGACACGAACACUGCCUCCUGCCAGUGGUGUGCCGACACUGGAUGGAGUGGGUGGGAAAUCCCUCACUAGGACCGCCACGGUCCCUACCACAUUGAAAGAAGAGGAUGAAGCGAGGGAGAGAUACAUGAGCGGAUUCGCGAACGAUUUCAACUCUUCUCAAGUUGAUGACGAGGAAGAAUACCUUUCAGAUGAGGAUGUACAGGGAGUCGGGGGGCUGAUGGGAGGGAGAGACUAUGGGGGAUUUCAAAAACCAGAUAAGAAGGAAUUGGUCUGGAUGUUGUCAAGUUUAGGAGGCGUGUUAUUGAUAUCAGUCGCUGCUUGUCUGACCACAGUAUACGACUGGGUAUUCUGACAAGAAGACGAUAACCAGAGCUCGGCGUGGAUCUAUGUAUUCAUAUGUUGUAUGGCGUAGCAAUCGUA